GGGAAUGGUUUCCUCAUGGUUAAAUUCAUUAUCGUUACUAACAGCGUCCAGUCUGCUUAGUCCACGAUUACUUCUCUUACCCUCUGUGAAGGGGAAUGAGUCAUCUCAUAUUGCGGUUUGUUUACAUGAAAGACAAGCUGGAUAUCAGAGCAAUUUUUAAUAAAUUCGGCAAUACGAAGCAAAUCAAACCAUAGCUAGACUGCGUCUAUCGCCAAAAAUGUGCCUUUACUUUGUCUACAAAAACAGUAAUGUACAAUAUAUGGAGAUCCUUUUCAACAGCUUGGCCAGUCAUACAGCUGAGUGACUUAUUGAGAGUCGUUCUAACGUGGCGGUUCGGAGGAUUUUACUCGGACACCGACACCGUCUGCAUAAAGGACCUUUCUCCUCUUGAGAACGUUGUCGUCACCAGUAGGUACCGCAUUUCCAACGGUGCGUUUCAUUUCAAGCAUCAUCAUGAGUUUCUAACGAUGGCCAUGUCAACGAUGAUUCGG